UGAGUUUUCAGAGGCCUUCUUGGCCCGAUUUAUUCCCAGGAGCAUCAGAGAUCAGCUCAGAGAUCAGUUUGCUCGGUUAGAGCAGGGCUCCAUGACAGUAUCAGAGUAUGAGGCCCGAUUCCACGAGCUCUCCAGGCAUGCCGCCAUGAUAUUACCUACUGAGGAGGAGAGGGUUCGUUGUUUUGUUCGGGGUUUGAGACUACAGUUGCGGAUUGAGACUCAGUCUUUAGUCUCAGCGGGCCGCUCAUUUCUAGAUGUAGUGGACCAUGCCCGCACUAUCGAGCAGCUCCGUCGCGAGGCCCAAGGGGGCAGCGGCAAGAGACCUAGACAGGAGGAUAGCUAUGAUAGGCGCCGUUUCAGACCCCGAGGGUCUUAUGAUAGAUCCCAGCAGAGGUUUCAGUCGGGUCAGUCUAGUAGCCCCUUCCAGGCUGCUCUCCAGGCAUCAGAGGGUGAUCAGCACCGCCAUAUUGGUUUUAGUGCCGGUCCUAGUCGGGGCCGAGAUAGUUCACAGAUGGGUUCUUCUGGCCGGGGUAGCCGACCUCCAGCUCUCAGUCGACAGUUCCAGGGGUGUUAUGAAUGUGGGGGGUUAGAUCAUUGGGCCCGCGAGUGUCCCCAUCGCAGGUUAGCCUUACCCGCUCCACAGGCAGCUAGGCAUGCGCCAGCACCUCCAGCUAGAGGCAGAGGCCAGGGACAGGACCGUAGGGGUGGUCACCAGGGUAUACGGGGUGGUCCCCGAGGAGGCAGAUUAGGGGGCAGAGUCGAUGCACAGGGUAGGGGAGUCCAGGCCCACUUUUAUGCAGCUCCAGCUAGAGCAGAUGCUGAGACCUCGGACGAUGUGAUCACAGGUCCGAGCACUAGUAGUCAGCGUUGAUCGAGCUUGGAGUAGACUUAUCCGGAGACGGGGGUGAGCACACGGCGUUUUGUACUAUUUCAGUCUCCAUCUGUAUAUAUAGACUUGUCUUUUUCCUUUCGAGACAGUCCAAUCUCUGUUGUCCAGUUUUGCGACUUGUACUCAUUUUAUAGUAGCUCUGUACUAGUGACUUCCAGGUUCUGGGAGGGAUCUUUAUUUGUAUAUAUGUUUUUGGUUUGCUUCCGCCUGUUUAUA